AUGAGGGAGUUUAAGAUGGCGGAGCUCUCCGUGGAAGCUCCUUUAGCCAUGACGGAAGAAUGGUCAGAUUUCAGUGAUUUUCAUACGUCUGACGACAUCGAAAAUUCUAAUCAAAAGGAGCUCCGUCAUCACGAAACAAGUAAUUUUAAUGAAACCUUUUCUGCUUCCCUGGAGGACCUUGUCAAUACUUUCGACGACAAGAUCACAAAAUGUUUCUGCAAUUACGAAGAAAAAGUUGAGAAAUUUGCACCCGUACAGGUCCGAACACAAGAAGAAAUUAUGAAUGAGUGCCAAAUAUGGUGGACCCUGACUGGAAAUUUUGGAAAUAUGCUACCUAUUGAUUGGUCGAAAUCCUAUGCAAGAAAGCUUCAAAUCAACUGUCUUAAUUUGAAUGAGAAAAUGGAUGCAGAAUCUCCUGACGAAGAAUCAAAUGGUUCUUUGGAUGAUGAUAUGGCCAGAGAUUUAGACCUGCAUUCCUUGGUCUUGACCAGUCUUCAGCAUCAGGAACCUCUCUUCACAGCAGAACAAGUUUUGCAAGAAAUCGAUGAAAUAAUGCAAGAGGAGGCUCCAGUCGUUGAGGAGGUAGAACCCGAACCUAAGGAAACUGAUAAUGGUAUUUCCUCAAUACUGUACGAAGAAAAACUUCGCUGCCUGAGCACUUGUCAACUGGGGGAAGUGUAUGGAGAGUUAGAAAGGUUGAUUCGUCAGAACUCCGAAGUUCUGAUCCAUGAAUUAGCCCUCAGAGAUGAGCUAGAGUAUGAAAAAGAACUGAAAAAUACAUUCAUCUCAUGUCUACUGAGGGUUCAAGACCGGAAAAGAAGGCAUCCGGCUUCCGGAGCUGGGCGUAGAACACGCAAUGCUCAUGCAUCCAGUGCUGAUGCCAAGUUCCUAACAACGGUGAUCCCAUACAGCAUGGAAAAUGGACCACCAGAUAACCCGACUCUGCAGAUCUUAAUCAAGAUUUUGAAAGCAAUUUACGAAGAUAAUCCAGCUGUGCCUGCUUUGCUCACAGAUUACAUUCUUAAAGUAUUGUGUCCUACGUGAAGUGGAACACAAGCUCUUUCCCUCACUUCUAGUCUCUCAGA